AUGGCUGCAGAUGGGACAAGCUGCAGCAGUGAUGGUGCUUCUCGUGAGGCAGUGGCUGCGCUCUCCAAACAACUUGGUAUUGAGAUAGGUGCGGUGGAGCGCAUCUUUCACGCAGGAAUGUGCCAUGCUGAAACGGCGCAGAAGCGGCGACGGAUUGGCGAGCACACCAACUUCUCGAAAGAGGAACCGAUCUCCACCGAGUCGAACGAGGCGGCAGCACAGACGAAGUUUAGCGAAGGCAUUUCCUUUGAGCAGCUUCGACUGGAAUUGGCAGACUUCGCUCGUCAGCGAGAUUGGGAUCAGUUUCACUCACCGAGAAAUCUGGCUCUUGCUCUGGUGGGAGAGGUGGGCGAGCUUUGCGAAUGCUUCCAGUGGAAGGGUGAGGUCGCUGAAGGUCUACCGGGAUGGAGCGAGAAGCACCGUACCGCUGUCCGCCAGGAAAUCGCCGAUGUGCUGUUGUACUUGAUUCGACUCAGCCACAAGUGUCACGUCGACCUCCCGGCCGCAGCGCUGGACAAGCUGGCGGUGAACGCUGCCAAGUAUCCUGCGGCCCUCGUCCGUGGUAGCUCGAGGAAAUAUACUGAAUACACGGUCGACGGUGGCAGCAGGUCUGAUGCUCAUCAAGAUGAGUGUUGA